AUGGACUACGAUGACGAGGACAACGAAGGCGGCUAUGGCGGCUACGGAAACGAGCCCGAGGAGGAUACGGAACACGACAUGGACGAGGAGCAGGAGGGUGAUGGUUUCCACAACAAGGUUGACUUCAACAAGCCUGUGAAGGCGAACCUCCCCGCUCCCAAGGCUGUCGCCAAGGAGGAUCGCACCACCACCCCUUACAUGACCAAGUACGAGCGGGCAAGAAUCCUGGGCGCUCGUGCUCUUCAGCUCAGCAUGAACGCACCCGUUUUGGUCGAUCUGGAAGGCGAGACCGAUGCCUUGAACAUUGCCAUGAAGGAGCUCAACAACAAGAUGAUCCCUCUCGUUGUGAGGAGAUACCUUCCCGACAACACAUACGAGGACUGGGAGGUCUCAGAGAUGAUCUUGCCUUAG